AAGCCGUCUUUAAACGAAACCUUUUUGUCCCUGCAUGGCUUCCGUCCUUCCCUCCACAGCGUGGACUUGAAUGACUUUCAUAAGACCGGUGAAUUCUCUCAGUUAUGAAAAUGCUGUUGAAGUGUGUGUUCAGAGCAGGUGCGAUGAACGUUUAUAAAGUUCAUCAUGGCAGCGUCCAGCAGUCCGUCCAGGCCGUUCAUACGGGGUGUCGGCUCUUUGCUGCAGAUAAAGCUUUGCUGAUGAAACUGCGGAAAAGCACCGGCUACACUUUCAUUAACUGCAAGAAAGCUCUGGAGAAGUUUGAUAAUGACCCUGCUCAGGCUGAAAGCUGGCUGCACGAACAGGCUCAGAAGGAAGGCUGGAGCAAAGCCAGCAAGCUGGAGGGCCGCAAAGCCAAAGAGGGUCUGAUCGGUGUGUUUGUGGGGGAAUCGGCUGCAGUGAUGGUGGAGGUCAACUGUGAGACAGACUUCGUGGCCCGAAACGAGAAGUUCCAGCAGCUGGUGAAAGACGUGACGUUCGCCACUUUGAAUCACCACCAGGAGGAAAAUCGGUCUAAGUCGGGAUACGUGAAGAGUGUCCUCACAGGAGACGACUUGAGCCGACUCAGCGUGGGUGAAGGAGCUUCUCUCGCUGACAGUGUGGCUCUCACAAUCGGUCGUCUCGGGGAGAACAUGUCAGUGCGGCGUGCGGUGAUGCUGGGGGUCCCGGCUGAGUGGCGCAUCGGCUCGUACGUGCACGGCGGCGUCGGCGGUCAGCAUGAAGUGGCUAUGGGCCGCUACGGCGCCCUGGUCGUAUUCCAGGGCGGGCAGGACGGCGAGCAGGACGUGUUGGGGCGGAAGUUGGGGCAGCACGUGGUGGGAGAGGCUCCUCUGAGUCUGGGGAACGUGGACGACCUGCCCUGCGGCGAGAGCGAGACGCGCCUCCUGCCUCAGACCUUCCUGGCCGACCCCAGCAGGACUGUAGCCGAGUUCCUGCGGGGCCAACGGGCCAAAGUGCUGGACUUCGUCCGGUUUCAGUGCGGGGAGACUUCUGGGAAAGAUGAGAAGUAAAAGGACCAAACCACUGAAAAAACAUGAAUAUAUUUACAUUUUGUCCACAGUAUGAAUUUAAAAGCAGCACUUUGUGGUCAGAAAUGAUAUUUCCUGUAACAAUAAAAUGUUUUCCUAAAACGACGUCUAUUAACCUGAAUUAUUUCCUGUUACCUUUUAUCCAUAAAUAUAUAUUCUCUGCAUGUAAAUAAAAGUGUUUUUCAUCCAAGACAACUUUAUCAUUAAAGAGGCUUUUGGCUGUAAAAAAUAUGCAUAAUUUUAAGUUAAUAAACUCUUCAAAUGCCUUAAA